AACUGUCGGAGCCUUCCAAGAAGCGCAGAGCGCAUGGCCAGUGGGCAAUAGAAUUCGCUCGCCUCAGAUCUCGUUGACUCGUCGCCAAGGCAAGCCACUGACCCACUGUCCAGUGCUUAUCACGCGUUUGGUUAGUUGAUGAUCCCCUGUUAAUCUACUCUAUAUAAGAGUGCGGCCCCCCGAGCAAUCUCCUUCGCAGCAAACGCUCGAUCAGUCAGUGGCCACCCAAUUCGCCUCGGUUGAUCCACCGAUCGCGACGGUUUAGCCAAAUUACUCUUCAGUGGCAGGCAAUGAAGAGCUCUGAACCUGAAUCACGCGACUGAUCUGUGUUGCUCCAUUGUUCCUUCUGCUUCGCCGUUGCCUUGCGCAGCAAAAGAUGGUGGUCAAGGUGAGCAUGCCGUGCGAGAGGAGCCGGUCCCGAGCCAUGGCGCUGGCCGCCAGAGCAGACGGGGUCAUCUCGGUGGCGAUCACCGGCGACGCCAGGGACAAGCUGGAGGUGGUCGGCGAUGGCGUCGACCCGGUCUGCCUGGUCAGUUGCCUGCGCAGGAAGGUCGGCUGCGCCGAGAUCCUGCAGGUGGAGGAAGUGAAGGACAAGAAGCCGGAGGAGAAGAAGAAGCCGGAGGAGCCGAAGCCGCCGCAGCCCAUGGUGGUGCACCCACCGCCGCAUGGCUACUACUACCACCACCACCCGCCGCCGCCGAUGGUCGUCUGCGAGGAGCCAAGCAGUUGCCCCAUCAUGUAGAGUUAGUUUUUGUAGCUGAGAUAAAUAAGAACUGUUUUGCCUAACUGUACUUCUUUGUGGUCUAAAAUAAAAACUGUACUUUUUUAAGAAAAUGGAGGGGAUUGAAUCAAUUUUUACAGAUAAAGAAAAGUGACAUCUUUGAGGUCU